AUGAAGACAUCCAAUAACAGCACUCUCUUUGAGGGUCUAUUUGACAAAUUUGUACACCUAGAUCAAGAGUUAUCGGACACAUUUUACACUUUGUGGAUUGCACUGCUGGUAAUCAAUACCAUCAUCUUCCUCGUGGGCGUGGUGUUGAACUCUUUGGCUCUUUACGUCUUCUGCUUCCGGACGAAGACGAAAACCACCUCCGUCAUCUACACCAUCAACCUGAUCGUCACCGAUUUAUUGGUGGGCUUCUCCCUGCCCAUCCGUAUCAUCGUGCACUACGUCGCCGGAGACUGCAAGAAGUGCGCCCUCGUCCACAUCUUCAUCUACUUCGUGAACAUGUACUGCAGCAUCCUGUUCCUGACAUGCAUCUGCAUCGACCGCUACUUGGCGAUUGUCCAAGUGGAGGCAUCCCGUAAGUGGAGGAACCCCAACCACGCCAAGAGCAUCUGUGCUUUCAUCUGGGUCUUUGCCACAGUGGUGACCUUCUCCAUCCUCACCAUGGCCGUGAAGUACUCCUACUGCUGCAUCGCCAAGAUCUUGCCCCUCAUGGUCUGCGAGUAUUUCUUUCCUCUGGUCAUCAUCACCUUCUUCACUACCCGGAUCCUGUGUGCCCUCUCCAAGCCGACGCUCAUGCACCAGAGCCGGGAGAGGCGGAUGCGGGCCGUGCAGCUCCUCAUCACAGUCCUCAUCAUUUUCAUGAUUUGCUUCACCCCCUUUCACGUCCGCCAACUGGCCAUUUCCAUCAACCCGCAAAUGCCCAAUGACAUCAGCUUAGUUGUGUACCACGUGACCGUCACCUUGAGCAGCCUCAACAGUUGCAUGGACCCAAUUGUCUACUGCUUUGUGACCAACAACUUCCAGUCGACCAUGAAAAACAUCUUCAGGAAAUCUGAACCUGAGCAAACCAGUGGGGAUAUCAUCAGCGUGAACAAGGGCUCGGGUUCUAAUGCAAUUAUGCCCUUCUCGAAUGCUUUGGGCAACACUUUGGGUUUGUCGUUACCAGACAAUACAGCGAACUCCUAA